AAUACUUGGUAAGAUUUUGUGUUUUUGUAGUGCUCACACAAUCAUCCAGCUGCAUGAACCCAAAGUGGCCUGAAGCUUAAGGUCACAAUCUGAUGACCUUCAGAAUUCAUCGUCCAGACCAUCAGACAUCCACAUCCAUGCUUGAUUUUUAUCAAUGAAUAAAGUCUCCGACAUGCUGUGUUAGUUUUACAAUAGAUGUAAUUGGACCGCACGUCUUUCAAGCUUCACUUUUGCCUUGCCUUGCCAGCCCAAAGAAUCUUGAGGAUCAUCAAGCUGUUUUGGGGAAUUUAAGGUGGAUUUCUGUGAUCUUUUAGCCUACUUUGUGUUGUCAGUCAGGUACAAUUUAACCAUUUUCUUUCAUAGAAACUAAGUCCAAUUGCACUCACCCCCAUCAACAUCCCCAUAGAGACAGGAAAUUACUUGAGCAGUUAAUUCAUAACUGUUCAAAAGGGAGGAUGAGGGUUUAAAAACCGCAUGUUGCGUUUAAUCACUCCAUCUCUGGUUUUAGAAUAUUCUUGAUGAUAUGAAACAUUUAGGUGAGCAACCAAAACAUGUAGGGGUGAAACUCUUAUUCAGAGCACUGCACGGUGUUCAAACUGCAAGUUUUGAGAGAAAAAUGGGUGAUUUUAGUGUUGCAGAGGUGAAAAAUAAAGCACUCAAAGCCAUUUUGAUGUGAUUAACCGCAAUGUGACAGCGCUGACAUAAACAAUGAAAGGUCCACUCCAGGAGAGCUUGUGGUAAUAUGAAUAUUGCUGUGGGAUUUGCUUAUAGUCGCUGCUUCAUUAUGCAAUGUUUAAUAUUAAUAAAGAAAGUAUAAGGAUAUAUUAUUUAUAAGCUAUUCAGAGUGUGGUUGGUAUGUGUGUGUGUGCGUGUGGAUUUGAGUGACAGAUUGAGAUGCUCCCUUGCUACAGGCAAUACAACCAGACAAGGCUCUUACUUUUCCACAGGACCCGUCCUGACAAUUUCUCCCACAGUUAAGAGGAUUUGUCCGAGCAGGGGUGAAUAUAUAAUGCAUGCAGAUUCCAAAUUUUAAUGUGGGCCGAGUAAAUGAUUCAAUGCUGGCUUUUCUCAGAAGUGAGGCCGCGAGGGGAGCGAACAGGACUCGGGACGUUGCUCGUGGUCGGCUCUUGCGACAACAGGCUGAGCGGGCCCACAUGCUGGUAGUAACUGUAAACAUCCAAAGGAGAUAUUAGGGAUUAUUUCUGCCUCGCAGGGUAAACGCCUCUCACAAAGUUUUGAAUAUUAUUCUGAUCACCUUUUAAAACUUUUUCACGUAUAGUCACAUCGCAGCAAUGAACUUGAACAUCUCUCGCUGGGAUUAGUAGACCGACACAAGAAAGUACUCGACUCAGCAGCACAGUCCGCAAAUUGGAAGAAUUACUGAUCGGUGUAGCAUGUCUCUAUCGGCUUCAAUUGCUGUCCAUGUUCCUGUUGAUAAAAAGGCAACCCCACAGCAUGAUGCUACCACCAUCAUGUGUCACAGUGUUUUCAAGGUGAUGUGCGAAGCUGGCUUUCAUCCACAUUUGCAAAAACAUUUCUUUUUGGUCUCAUCUGCCCCUUCUUUUGCAGAGUUGUGCAGAUUUUAAAAAGCAUUUGUUUUUAACAAUGGCAUGUGUGGAAGGUAUACAUCAGCUGUAUAUUAAAUUGUAUUAAAUGUGUGCAGCAUUUGCCUCAUAACACAAAGCUAGACUGCUGUUGCCUUUCUCCUUUAGAGCAUUUCUAGAUGAUUUUUACCCAUUAUUAUUUACCAAAUGAAAACAUUUUACUGCUGCAAACUGCAAUAGUAUAAAUGAUCUAUUUAUCUGAGAUAUUAUUUUAGCAAAUUUCUAAUAAAUUUAUAUUGUUAUGGAAGUAUAGACCCAUAGUACGUUAGCAAUGACUUAAAAAUCUUUCUUUAUUUCAUAGGCAUAUUUCUUCCAUAGUCUACUCUUUUCCAUAAAUGAGUACAAUUCUAAAACUAUUAACUGUAACUUUUCACAUUUGAUUAAGAGACUCCUGAAAUUAUGAGGGUGAGAGGUAGACAAUAAAUGAAUAAAUUUUGAACACUUUAGUGAAUUAUGAUUGUUGGAUUGCUUUUGUAGACAAUUUAAACAGUAGAGUGAAUAUUUGUCUCCCUCUAGUGGAUAGUAUUCGAAACAACAGCCUCUUUAUCCUCACAACUUGUAUAGUCUAUAAAAGCGAUUCAUAUAAGGGAUAGUUCACUGGUUAAAUUAGGCACUUCACUUUCGGAAAAAUAAUAAUUUUUGAGUCCGAAUCGUAUCUUUCCAAGCGCACGUGUAUCUUGUCUCCUGCGUAAUGACGUAGUGAAGGAGGUAGUGACGUACAGGAAAACGGUGGUGUCCUUGUUACAAUGGGUAUUUUGGUUGCUCAUUUGUUGGUUAAUACAGUGUGAAGAACUGCGGAUUAUUCAAACUGUCGUCUCUUGUAUGUGGUUUAUCCCGACGCAUACAUGAUAAAGUCCAGCGCAGCAGGUCCAUCCACCUCUUCCCCUCAGACAAUGAAGGAACCCAAGGAGAACUUGAGCGGCCAAGCCACUCUGGACCACAUCAAGCCAUGCUGGUACUGGGACAAGAAGGACCUAGCACACACCCCGUCUCAGUCCGAGGGCCUUGACCCGGGUACGGAGGCUCGGUAUAGGAGGGAGGGAGCCCGCUUCAUAUUCGACGUGGGAACCCGCCUCGGCCUACACUAUGACACCCUGGCCACCGGCAUCAUAUAUUUCCAUCGCUUCUACAUGUUCCACUCCUUCAAGCAGUUUCCCAGAUACGUGACUGGAGCUUGUUGUCUUUUCCUGGCUGGAAAAGUUGAGGAGACCCCAAAGAAGUGCAAAGACAUCAUCAAGACGGCGCGGAGCUUACUGAACGAUGUGCAGUUUGCUCAGUUCGGCGACGAUCCAAAGGAGGAGGUGAUGGUUCUGGAGAGGAUUUUGCUCCAGACGAUCAAGUUUGACCUGCAGGUGGAGCAUCCCUACAUGUUCCUGCUGCGCUACGUCAAGCAGCUUAAAGGGGAGAAGAAUAAAGUCUGCAAGGUAUUACAGAUGGCUUGGACCUUUGUCAACGACAGCCUCUGCACCAUGCUGUCUCUGCAGUGGGAGCCAGAAAUCAUCGCUGUGGCUGUGAUGUACCUGGCUGGCCGCCUGUGUAAGUUCGACAUCCAGGAGUGGACGGCCAAGCAGUCGUCCCGCCGCUGGUGGGAGCAGUUCGUGCAGGAUGUCCCCGUCGAGCUUCUGGAAGACAUCUGCCACCAGAUCCUGGACCUGUACUCUCAGGGAAACAAGCCCAUCCCUCAGCAGAUCCAGGAGAAGGAGCGGGCGCCGGCUACCCCCACCUCUCUUCCUCCAGUCCCACAGGGGCAGCCCCCGGCCUCCAACCCGCCGCCCCCACCGCCCAAGAAGGCCUCUCCUCAGGUUGGCAGCCCGGCACGCCAGCUCAAACGCUCGCAUACUUCUCCAAAGGAUGAACCCAAACCUCCAGAACAAGCCGGGUCAAAGAUCCCCCGACUGGAGAGCCCCAUGCCCCCCCUGCCUACAUCCCAGCCUCCCCCAGCCCCUCCUGCAGAGGCAGAACCAGGAAGCGAAGCUGCUCCUCCGCCUCCACAUGCCCCGCCCCCUCACCAGCCCCCACCCUUGCCCCAUCGCCCUCCUCCACCCCCGCCCUCCAACUACCUGAUGUCCACCACCAGCUCCUACAUGUCUGGGGAGGGCUUCCAGAGCCUGCAGUCCAUGAUGAAGACGGAAGGGCCACCCUACACCCCCAUGCCGCCCACCUACCCGCCACCCAUCCCGCCGUAUCACCCGCACGUCUACCAACAGGCUGCGGCGCCGCCUCCAGGUCCUCCGCCUCCUCCAUCCAGUUACCCACCACCCAGUUUGGCCCCAGCCUACCCUCCGCCAGGCUACAACAGCUACCCUCCACCACCGCCUCCCCGCAUGCCCCCAGGCCACGUGCCGCCGCCAGGGAUCACGCUUCCCCCUGCCGGGUACCCUCCUCCGCCCCCCGGGCCUCCAGGACAGUCCCAAGUGCCCCUGCCCCCUCCACCUGGAAUGCCCCUCAACCGCGGCGGGUGGAUGAGAUGAAUCUACAGACACAUAGCUGCUGAUUGGAGACUGAACCAGAAAGUUUUCCUGUCACAAACUAAAAGAAGUGAGGUUGGUCGCUCUUAAGUGCGGCUUCAGACAAGCAGCUGACAUGGUUGGAGAUAAACUUGAAAUGACAAGUCAGGUCUGAGCACCAUUAUUUGGAAAACCAGGAGGAAUAUUUCUGGGAAGUAUUUUUUUGUUUUUGAAAGAUUUUGAUAUCUACAGGAAGCUACUUAUUGAGCCCUUCACUGAGAAUGUACUGAGGAAGAGCAGUUUUCCUCCCAAAGACAUGUUUCAGUCGAUUCAGCAUCUUGUCAUUUAAAUCAUGUUUUUUGCCUCCUAAUGUUUCCCAGUUGCAUUUGUUUUUGCGUUCUGUUUCUCAUUUUGUUCUUUCAAAUUGUGUCCAGUCUUAGGGAAAACGCUGUAGUUGAGGCUUUUGGAGUUUGUCGGCCCAUAAUUUGUUUUGGUUUUGGCAUAACUUUGAAAAUGCUGGUUUCACUUCGCAAACAGUUCUGCGACUAUUAAAAGUUUUAUUUUCACA